AUGUCUGAAGAAAAGAAGUCUAGUUCUAUGGGGUUCUUUUCGAGCUACGAUGACCUGAGCGACAGCAGUAACGCGAGCGACUCAGAUGAAGAGGAGAAGGGAGAUCGCUUAAAGAAAACCAGCCAAAAAACGGAUAAAGAUGCUUCAGGGAGUAGUACUGCUCAGUCCCAACAGGGAACGAAAAGAUCUGCCAGCGGUGUCCCUUUACCAAAACCGGAUGAGCUGUUCGGGACUGUAUCCAGACCUGCAUUUCUUUACAACCCACUGAAUAAGGAGAUAGACUGGGAUAAUCUCGUGGUCAAAGCGCCUGAAGAGGCCCCUAAAGAGUUCACACCAUGGAAGACCAACGCAGUCCCACCUCCACAGAGCUACACUGCUGCACCAGAGCCAGUGAAAAAGAAGGGACCUCCUCCAGGAAUGGACAUGGCCAUUAAAUGGUCAAACGUGUAUGAGGACAAUGGGGAAGAUGCACCUGCACAUGCUGGCAAAGCACGCUUCCUGCCUCCAGAGGAGCAGCUGUCCGACUCAGAUGAAGAUCCAGAGAAGUCCGAUGUUUCAUCCAAAAAGAAACGUGUUGAGACGUUUCAGCAGAAGGAAAAAAGGAAGAGGGACAUGGGUCAAGCUACUUCAGACAAGACUUUUGUGGAGGAGGAGAAAAGGAUCCUCAGGCAAAACAUUGAUUAA